AUGUCAUCCGAUAUUCCAUAUACACCAAAAGGUGAGCCAACUAUUGAAUUCGUUGAACAUAAUAAUGCCAAAUUUAAAACAGUUACUUGGAAAGUACCAAAUGAAGUAACUUACAAAGGAAAAAUCAUUUAUGUUCAUGGGUUUGCUGAACAAUCCAAUGUUUACACUGAAUUUUUUGAUAAUUUAUCACAGAAUGGUUAUGAAGUUUUCUUUUUUGAUCAAAGAGGAGCUGGAGAAACAUCACCAGGGAAAUUAAUUGGACAAACUAAUGAAUUUUAUGUAUUUGAUGAUUUAGAAUUUUUUAUUAAAAGAUUAUUAGAUUUAAGAGUUAAUAAAGAUGAAAAAUUUUACUUAAUGGGUCAUUCUAUGGGUGGAGGAAUUAUUUUAAAUUAUGGUAUUAGAGGUAAAUAUAAAGAAAAUAUUAGAGGUAUUUUAGCUUGUGGUCCAUUGAUUCAAUUACAUCCUGAUACUAAACCAAAUUUUGUUUUACGUGCUGCUAUGCCAUAUGCCAAUUAUUUAUUACCAAAUUUUAAAAUUGAUAGUAAAUUGAAUUAUGACUACAUUACUUCAAAUGAAAGAUGGAAGAAUUAUAUUAAAGGUCAUGAUAAAUUAAUUGGUACUAUUCGUCAAUUUCAUGAUAUGUUUGCUAGAGGUGAAGAUUUAUUAAGACCUGAAUAUGCUGCUCAUUUUGAUAAAGAUAUCCCAGUGUUGGUUGUUCAUGGUGAUGAUGAUCAUAUUAAUGAUAUUAGAGCAAGUAGAAAAUUCGUUGCUUUAUUCAAAGAUCAACAGGAUAAUAAUAAGAAAUUGACUGAAAUUAGUAAAGGUCGUCAUUCUUUAUUCAUUGAAAAUGAUGAAAUGUUUAAAGAAAUUUUUAAAAUUGUUAUAGAAUUUUUAGAUUCCAAUUAA